CAGGAGAAGUGUGCUCAGUACUACAGACUGAUGUAUUGUCCCCCCCCCCAACAGGAGAAGUGUGCUCAGUACUGGCCUACAGCCGAGGAACAGCAGCUGUCUUACACAGACACGGGGUUCGUCGUGACGCUGGUGAAGGAAGAGGACAAGGCCAACUACAUCAUACGAGUGUUGGAGCUGAGGAACACAGAGACAGGAGGAACCACAGAGAUAUACCACUUUCACUACACCACCUGGCCUGACUUUGGCGUCCCAGAAUCCCCGGCCUCUUUCCUCAACUUCCUGGUCGAGGUGCGGGAGUCUGGCUCAUUGGGGCCGGAGCACGGGCCCUCCGUGGUCCACUGCAGCGCUGGGAUUGGACGCUCGGGGACCUUCUCGUUGGUCGACACGUGUCUCAUCCUGAUGGACAAGAGGAAGGACUCGUCGUCAGUGGACAUUCUGAGAGUUCUGCUGGACAUGAGGGAGUACCGGAUGGGUCUGAUCCAGACUCCUGACCAGCUACGUUUCUCCUACAGGGCUGUCCUGGAGGGAGCCAAGAGCAUCAUGGGAGACUGCUCUGCACAGAGCCAGAAGAGAGAGCUGUCCAGAGAGGACAGAGCGACAGUAUGUGAUUCACCGCCUGCCCCCCUCCCAGGUGGCUCUCUGACACCCCCGCCCCCUUUGCCCCCCGUCUCCUCUACCCCCGCCACGACCUUUAGACAACCCCGCCCCCUCUACCCCCCGCCACGGCCUUUAGACACCCCCGCCCCCCCGUCCCCUCUACCCCCACCACGGCCUUUAGCCACCCCCGCCCCCCGUCCCUCUACCCCCACCACGGCCUUUAGACGCCCCCCCCCCAGUCGGCCCUCAGAAAAGCCCAACGGCCAGCCACUGCCCUGUGUGGAGCCUGAGCCUGUGGCGUUGUCCAGAGGACCGGACAUCAGGAGACGGACAGACAGCUCAGAGAAGGACCUGGCGGAGGUGCCAAGUCUGAGGAAGAGACACCGGGAGGAGCGUAUCGCCUGCACGGCCCAGAAGCUUCACCUGAUGAAACAGAGACUGACGAACACAGAGAGGCAGAGAGAACGCUGGCUGUACUGGAGGCCUGUCCUGCUCAACAUGGGGGCUGGAGCUGCCGUGGCCCUGGGGCUAGUGGUGGUUUGGCUCUUCUCCCAGUGAUACCCCCUCCCUCUGUCAGAGCUGCCGUGGCCCUGGGGCUAGUGGUGGUUUGGCUCUUCUCCCAGUGAUACCCCCUCCCUCUGU